CAGUGGAAUGGUGUGCGCCUUGCUGCAGAUGCGCCUAGUUGCUUUAAGUAGGAUUGUGGUGGGUUAAAUGAAGUGCUGCUAUUACAUGUCAGUGGUCUUCUAUCGUUCGGUUUUUUGAAGGUUGCUGCUUUUGUGAUCUGUUCUGGCUACUACUUGGGCUUGUUUAGAUGCAUCUAGACUUCCCACCUAAUUUAAUGGAGGCUUCGAUAAACUUAUGCAGGGUGCCUUCUGAUUCAUUUUCAGUUAGGGGCUAGUGGUAUUGUGAAGUGCGUGGCGACGACAUUGGGGUUUAGAUGGCAUAAUUUGCAGGUACUGUAAAUCGAGAGAACCAGUAAACUCCCUAACUGGAGGUAGGACGCUGCGUAGCACAGUUGCAAUUGGCUAGUGCAACCUCUCUUCCAGAGACUUGCCAAUAGGUUUCGCUUAUCUUCAUUGCCUGAUUGGGAAGGAAUGUUUUCCCCAGGUCUGAUUGGCUAGCGACUUUGAUGGUGUUUUGCUUUUCCUGCAGCACGUGGCUUGGCAUUUGGUUUGCUGGAGUCAUGUGGUGCAGUGCUAUUUGCCUAGUUGGAGUGCGAUACUGUAUUUCUAAGAGAGCCUUUCUUUAUGCUUGGGUCACUUUGUGGUUAGAUGGCUUUGGAUUUGAACAAGGAAACUGACUAGAGAGUAGCAUUGGUUCUUUCAGACAGCAUGGUUUUGUGAUUCUUUGAGAAACAAUAAGCCAGGUUUCAGCUUCUCAUAAUUGCUCAGCUACUAAAUUACAAUUUAUCCCCACUUCUAUGGACACCUUGUGGGAACUAGGGUAGUGAAGUGUUUUAGGGCAAUGUGGAGACAGGUGUUUGAAAAUAUGCUUCUCCUGGAUCAUGACAGCAAUAUUCUUACCUCCUGAUUUUUCUUAAUUGUGAGACUUUCAUGAGUGAUACAAAUCUGUGCAUCAAUAGAAACUCAUUUUGCAGCAUUUUUUCCCUUUCUGGUUGCUCACUGCCACAGAAACUAGUGAUGGCCACAGACUUGAAGGAUAAGGCUACCAGUGGCUAUUGUAGGUGUAGGCUAGUGAAUACCAGUUUCAGUGAAUCACCUGAGACCGUGUUCAUGUCCUGCUUGUGGAAUUCCCAUCUUUAGUCUGACCCAGAAAGGCUUCUGCUUUUAGGAUAUAGUUCCAACCUGUGGUAUGGGUAAUGGAUUCUGCAAUACCCCUGUAUAAAAACAGGAGGGUGCAGCAGAGGUAGGGCAAUGUAUUUUAGUGCAAUCUCAUUUUAAAAAAAAUAUGCUAGCAGUUUAAAAAGCUCGGCACCAGUGGUUUAACAUAUCCCAUGUAGCAAUUAUUUUCUAUAGCUAGAGGAUUUGUGUGCUGUAAUGAUUUCAAGGAAUGGCUGGAUGUGAAGUGGCGGUGGGACAAUAUCAUUUUAUUUGUUGUUAGGGAGGAUAUCAACUUUUGGUUUGUGGGGAUUCUGCCUGGCAGAAGCAAAUUCUGGCAUCGUUGAAUCACAUGGUAAAUUUCUGCCUGUCAUAUAGCUCUUAAAGGCAAAGGAGGCCUGCAAGGUAAAACCUAGCAGUGCUUAGUUCUUGAAUGCUUAUAUACAGUAGGUUACAACUUAGGUGCUUGUGCUUCAAAACAUUUCAAAGACAAAUCAGGAAGUGGCUUGUGGAUCUCAAGCUGUUGUCGGUGUGCAUUUAUAAUUAAGCCAUUAGAGUAGCAUCAUUACCUCUUUCCAAACUACAUCUGGGAACCUGCAUAAACACAGAUAAAAUGUUAAUCAUGUACUUAUGCAGAUUCCCAGAUGUUUACAGUACAGGUUCGGUCUGCGUUGCAUGUUGACAUACAAACAAUUUCUGACUUGCGUUAAGAACCGGUAGUAACAAGACUAGCCUUUUAAUUCUUGUAUAGCUCUUAACUACCUGUACUUAAAUAAGUUUAUGUUGAAGCCUGUGCUAUUAUAGUUCAGAACCUUCUGCCCUGUACUGAAGGGGGUGCAUCUAUAGAGAGAUCAAUACAUUUGUUACAGAGGAGAAAUGCAGUCACAGACUGGGACUACUACACCAUAUAUAAUCUUACCCCUAAAAGAGCUCUAGGAUGUGGUAUCCUGGGAGAAUCAGUGAUGUAUAUCAGUUUGUCUUGCAAUGAAUAUCUAAGAGUAAUAAUAUUUAAUAACAUUUGCAUUAAGCCUUCUAAUUAAGUAUGGCUGUACAGCAUUCAGUGUUAUGCACAGUAUGUAAUUAAUAGGGAGGCUCUGAGUAUACUUUAAGAAAAUAAAUUAAGCUGUCUGUAAGGUCAAGAAAAGGUCUUUUUGAGAGGGUGGAGGUUGGUUAAUCAUAAGCUCUGUGCACAUAUCAAUCUUCAAACCGCUUAAGCCAGCCAUUUCAGAGACUCUGACUGCAUAGGAUUUAACUCGUUUUCUUGCAUUUUUGGGACCUUCACAUUUUUUAUGUGAGCUUAACAUAAAUAGGAUUGAUGGGACCCAGGUGGUGCUGUGGGUUAAACCGCUGAGCCUAGGGCUUGCUGAUCAGAAGGUCAGCGGUUCGAAUCCCUGUGACGGGGUGAGCUCCCGUUGCUCGGUCCCAGCUUCUGCCAACCUAGCAGUUCGAAAGCACGUCAAAAUGCAAGUACAGUAGAUAAAUAGGAACUGCUACAGUGGGAAGGUAAACGGCGUUUCCGUGUGCUGCUCUGGUUCACCAGAAGCAGCUUUGCAUGCUGGCCACAUGACCUGGAAGCUGUACACCGGCUCCUUCGGCCAUUAACGCGAGAUGAGCGUGCAACCCCAGAGUCGGUCACGACUGGACCUAAUGGUCAGGGGUCCCUUUACCUUUACCCUUUAGGCUCACUUUCAUUUCUAGUACUGACUCUGAAGACUGCAGUUGUGAAUCAGUUGUUCGAAACUUUUAAGAACAGGCAUCUUCCCAACCACAGCCUUGUGCUGGCUUAGUAAACUUCAAACAUCAAAGGGCCUUCAUAAUUUGCUUGGGGCAAGAACAGCAAGGAGGGGGAAAAGAGGCAGAAGGUUCUUGUUUCAGACAUCAGACAAUAGCAUGAAGAUAACAAAGGGCCAAAUACAGAAUGACCUUGACAGCUCCAGACACAUUAUCUAAGGCAAUGUCCUAUGUUCCUUGAUAGAACAAGUUCACUUGAUUUUACUAACUGCACAAUCCUGUGCAUUUUAAUGGUAUUUACUAUUACAUUUGUAUCCCAUCUUUUCUCAUAAGUCCCUCACACAGCAAACCUGUGAGGUAGGUUAGACUGAGAAACAGUGACUGACCCAACUUCACCCAGCUGAGUGAGGAUUUGAACCCUGGUCUCCCAGGACCUAGUUUAACACUAACCAUUACAUUACCCUCACUCAGAAGUAAAGUAUCUCUCAUUAAGUGCAAUGAAAAUUACUUCCUAGUUAGUGAGCAGUGCAGCCUAAAAGUGUUUUGAAAUGUGUGGUAUAGGGUUGACAACCUUUUUCAGGCUGUCAUGGAGCAUUUAAAAAACGCUCUUUUUAAAAAUGCAGCAAUUGCAUCCUUUCUCAUCAUAGCAGCUCUUUACUGGGUAAGCUCUACCUUCUAAAUUUCUUCCCGUGUGGCAGGUGUGAAAGGCUGAGCUCCUUCAACUUUAAGCACAACCAUUUGCACCUUUACCUGUAAAUCCCAAUAAUGGGACUUCCUUGGAAGUAAACAUGGAAGCUCAAGAAGAAUAAAAUGUUAAUAAACAGAUCUCUAGGCUGUGUGCUUCUCUGUAAAGUGAAAGCCUCUGGGAAGAACUGGAGUUUAUUUGAUGCAUGAUUGGGUGCCAAAGAAGGGAGAGCCCUCCAGUACACCUUUUAAUCAGCUGCAAGCAGAAAAUGUGUGGGCAAAUCUCAGGCUAGAGUGAGGCAGCUCCAUGGCUUCCUCUGUCGUCCCUUGGCUAAAAGUACUUUCCCCACCCCUCCACCCCACCUGGAUUUUGGAUGGUCUCACCCACUCAUCACGUCACACGCCCUUUCCCGUCCCCUCCAUUUUGACACUCAUUUGUUUUCCUCCUGUUUUUUUUGUUUUUUUUUAACGCUCCCCUGUACCGCCCUCUCGGAAUCCCCUUUUCCAUUGGCUGUUGCGGGCCCCAGGGCGAGGCUGGGCCAAUCAGGAUCGGCCGCUCGUGGCCGUGUUGCUGGGCAGAACAAAAACAAACACCGUGUGGCGCAGCUCCGGGGCCGCCGCCUACGGAGAGUUGAUGCAUGUAAUGGAAUACUCUACCAAGAGGACAGAAAUUAAUCUCACAAGCUAAUAAAUCAACUCUCCGAUCUUCUGGCUUUUGAGAGAUCUAAGGAAACUCUUCUAUCGAAAGGAAAGUGCUUCAGAACACUGCAAACUUCUGAAUGAUUGGCUAAGGUCUGAAACAACAAUAUUAAACAAUUUUUUGCGUUUGGUUCAGUUACUGUCAAACAGCUAUGGAAAUAGGAAAUGAGCAGACAUACAACAUCAACUUAACAGAACUGGAUAGUCUGAGUGAUACUCCAUUUUCCGGUGAUGAAGAAAAUGGUGGAACUGAGGAAAUAAAACCUGAAAUCAAUGGUAACUGGAACGCUGUAACAUCUAUUAAUGAAGCUAAGAUCAAUGCUAGAGCAAAGAGGAGACUGAGAAAAAACUCCUCUAGAGACUCUGGAAGAGGAGAUUCAGUGAGUGACAAUGGGGAAGCACUGAAGAAUGGAGUCACAGUACCAACAAGUCCAAAGGGAAAGCAUCUGGAUAGGCGAUCUCGUUCAGGAAAGGGAAGGGGUCUACCCAAGAAAGGUGGAUCAGGAGGCAAAGGUGUUUGGGGAAAACCUGGGCAAGUGUAUGAUUUGGAGGAAGUAGACAUUAAAGAUCCCAACUAUGAUGAUGCUCAGCAGGAUAACUGUGUCUAUGAAACAGUAGUUCCACCUUUGGAAGGAAGAGCAUUUGAGAAAACGCUAACUCCAAUAAUCCAGGAAUAUUUUGAACAUGGGGAUACUAAUGAAGUUGCGGAGAUGCUGAAAGACCUCAAUCUUGGUGAAAUGAAAUACAGUGUACCAGUGUUGGCUGUAUCAUUGGCACUGGAGGGAAAGGCCAGUCACAGAGAAAUGACAUCUAAACUCCUUGCUGACCUGUGUGGGACAGUAGUUGGCAAACAAGAUGUCGAAAAGUCAUUUGAUAGGCUUCUCAGAGAGAUGCCAGAAUUAGUAUUGGACACCCCCAGAGCACCGCAGUUGGUGGGUCAAUUUAUUGCAAGAGCAGUCGGAGAUGGGAUUCUUUGCAAUAGUUACAUAGAUGGUUACAAAGGCACUGUGGAUUGUGUCCAGGCUCGGGCUGCUCUGGAUCGAGCUACUGUAUUGCUGAGUAUGACCAAAGGUGGAAAACGCAUUGACAAUGUGUGGGGAUCAGGAGGCGGGCAGCAGUCUGUAAAACAUCUUGUUAAAGAGAUUGAUAUGCUGUUGAAAGAAUACCUUCUUUCAGGAGAUGUUUCUGAAGCAGAACGUUGUCUCCAGGAGUUAGAAGUACCACAUUUUCACCAUGAACUUGUAUAUGAAGCAGUUGUGAUGGUUUUGGAAUCAACUGGAGAAACAAACUUUCAAAUGAUGCUUAAUUUGUUGAAAUCCCUCUGGAGGUCUGCUGUCAUUACUAUGGACCAAAUGAAAAGAGGCUAUGAACGGGUUUACCGUGAAAUCCCGGACAUUAAUCUUGAUGUGCCACAUUCAUACUCUGUGCUUGAACGGUUUGUAGAGGAAUGCUUUAGAGCAGGAAUAAUUUCCAAGCCAAUGAGAGACCUCUGUCCUUCCAGGUACAUACUUAAGAAUCACUGUGUCAGAGAGGUAGCUGAGCAGCAAAUUAAGUCCAAGGGGUGUAAACCUGGCUAGUUUGUCAACAGAAUUUAAUCAAGUCAGAUUGGCAACUUAUUUUUUUUCUUCUUGCAUGGUAGUACAGGCUGUUUUAGGACUGCUGCUGGCUAAAGUGGGUGGAAUAGCUUGGAAUCUCUGAUCCAAACUUCUAUUCUAAAUCCAAGUGUGUGGUUUGAAGGCCCAAGAGGCCAAUCACCUUGUUGAAGUGAAUUAGGUCUGGUUCUAGUCAGUGCCUGAAUGGGUGACCACCUGGGAACUACGUGUUUCCCACCUUGGGUUCUACAACUGAAGAAAGACAGCAAAUAAAUAUGAGAGUAAGACUGUAUGGAUAUUUCACUUGUGUUCAUGUUGCUACAUUGUGCUUUCUCAGAUAUUGCCAAUCUUCUUCUGUGCUGUAGCUGCUUUUCUUUCCACUUCUGCUAGGAUGAUUGGGGGUCAGAGGAAACUGGUUAUUAAAUCACUUUAAUUUUCAUAACUUAUUAUAACCCUGUUGAAGAAUUCUUAGAUUCCUGCAGAAUAAAUGAUUUUGAAGCAUAACCCUCGCCAAAACUAGGAUAUUAACUAAGCCGAUUCUGGAAUCUCAAUCUAUUCUUAAAUGUCAGAGUAGGGUUCUCCUUUGUAGAUUCCUGGCUUUCCUCCCCUGCCCCCAUCAGAUUUCGAACCCAACAAGCAGCUCAUAUGCUGCUAAUAGAACAGAGCAAACACAAGUGUCUAUAAUUUGCAUACAUAUAACUAACCACACUGCUUUGAGGGCGAUUUACAAUUUCUUUGAUUGCAAAUUAACUUUCUGCCCUCCUCUUCAUAUGGCCAAGUUUAAGGGAUAUACUGAAAGCUUAUUGUAUAUUUAAUUUUAGGGGAAGGAAGCGCUUUGUAAGUGAAGGAGAUGGAGGCCGCCUGAAAGCUGAAAGCUACUGAAUGAACAAACUCUUGCAGCUGUAGAUGUUUAAGGGAAUAUAUAUAUAUAUAUAUAUUCUAUAGUAAGAGUUGUUUAGCACAGUUCAUUUAUUUUUUAAGAGAUGCACUUGUUUUGGGGAACAAAUACCCUCUGACGGUUUUAUAAACUUUUGUUCACAAGGGAAAUUCUUCAGUUUUCUUUUCUCUGGAUCUAUAGUUGGGACAGAACAAGUAACAACCUUUCUGUGGAAGUUUGAUAAAAUAAGCUAUUUUGGAAGUGCCAUAUGUUUGAUCUAAUCAUUCCAUGUUCUGCAUUGAUGCCUGCCUACCACUCCUUUGCUUUAAGGACAGUGCUUUUAUAGUGAAAUCACUGGUUUAUACAAAGCUUUAUAGAAUGGUUUGUUAAGCUGCUGGAACCCUAUUUUGGCUGCUGCUGGGAGAAAAAAGUUUUUUUCUUUGUUUUAAAGAAUCUAAGAAUUUAGUUUGAUCAUAAGAUGUAUUCAUCUUUUUCCAGGGGAACAAUUGAUUUGCUCUUAAAUUAAUUCAGCAAAUGGUGGCUGGAACAUCUAUUUUUUCUACAAUACUGGAAAAACGAACAGUUCUGAUAGAAUGUAUUGCAAAAUAAACUUUUGUGAAGCAGA